AUGACAUCAUCAAGUGGCUCGGUCCCUAAAGGAAUUUUCAUUUCUCAAAGAUCUUAUGCUCUACAAAUUUUGGAGGACUUUGGCUAUUUGGGAUGCAAGCCAACUAGUACUCCUAUGGAACCCAACUUGAAGUUGACUCAAGAAUCUAGUGACAUUUUAGAUAAUCCUCAGUUCUACAGGUGUAUCAUUGGGAAGUUGCAGUACCUAACCAUAACUAGACCAGAUUUAUUUUACUCAUUUAACAAGCUAAGUCAGUUUCUUUCUGCAUCACGAGUUCCUCAUUUGAAAGCUUCCCAAAGAUUACUGCAAUAUGUCAAAGAGAGUUCUGGUUUAGGCAUCUUCUUUUCUGCAAAUUCUGAUGUUAAGCUUAAGGCCUACAUGGAUUCAGAUUGGGGAGCAUAUCAGGGUACUAGAAGAUCAACUACUGGCUUCUAUGUUUUCCUUGGGAACUCAUUGAUAUCUUGGAAAAGUAAGAAGCAUCAAACAAUUUCAAGGUCCUCGGCUGAAGCAUAA